UGAUCUGCAUCUGCCCGAUGCCGUGAAGUUCGACUUACUUGGUGCAGAUUGCACCUACUCCAAACAGCAGGGAGUCUUGCGCAUCAAGAUGCGAACCUACGCCGAGAAAGUGCUAAAGAAGUUUGACAUGCAUCGAAAGGACCUACGAACGCUUCCGACGCCGGACUUCGAGGAGGGUCCGCUGUACGACGAAAGCGCAACUUUCUCCGCCUUCCCGUUCAGGGCACUGGUCGGCGCACUACAGUGGUUGACCGUGACAGCGCGCCCGGAUCUUGCAGCAGCCGCCAACAAGCUAGCACGAGCAACGGCCAACAAGGUCAACAAAGCGACGGAAGCCGCUGGGCGCAAAGUACUUCGUUACUUGGCUGGUACCAAGGACGUUGGCACUGAGUACUCGCCUGAAGCAGAGCAAAACUUCUACCAAAACGAAACCUAG